AUACUUGAAAAAUAAAUUUGACGUUUUGAAAUAGCGGUAAAAACGUAAAUAUUUAUUUAAUAAUAAGUAAGCUCAAUUAUCGCCUUUAAGUACAAUGCCAACAAUUAAAAUAGACCAUAUAGUUAGUUUUAGUAGUGAGGAUUCGGUUCAUGUAGCACAUAAUAUUUUAUCUACCGAUUCCAAUAAAAAAUGGAAAUGUCAGCUACCAGGUGAAAAACAAGCUAUUGUAGUUCUGCAGCUUGAAAAAGCAAGUGAGAUAACAGCAAUCGACAUAGGCAAUGAACACUCCGCAUAUGUUGAGGUUCAUGUGUCUCGUUCAAGUAAUAACGAUGAUUUCAAAGUUCUUUUGGCUAAUUCAUCAUUCAUGAGUGCUUUAGAAGCAAGGCAAAGUCAGAAUGUUAAUAAAGUAAGAAUGUUUACUAAAGAUCAACUUUCCAAACCAGAAUGUAAUGAAAAAUGGGAUAGAGUAAAAAUUAUUUGUAGCCAGCCAUUUAACAGGCACGUUCAGUUUGGCCUUUCAUUCAUCACACUACAUUCAAAUGAAACUAAAGAGGAACCAUGUAAACUAACUAAUUUUGGCAAGUUUUUAAUCAGACCACAAUCACCAGAUAACCUCUCUAUUGGCUCUUUAUUUGCAAAGAGAAAAGAACUAAAACUUGAAGAGAAGAAACCUACAGCAGCAGCAGCAAUAAGAGAUGCUACAUCAACAGCACAUUUGGCUCUGUAUGGGUCUCCAACUUGCAAACCAAAAUUAAUAAACAAAGAUCCAAUUUUAACACCCAAUAAAAAUCCAACCAAAAAUAGUACUGACUGUACUCCCAAAGAUAGGAAUAGAAAGGAAUUAUUCUACACUGAAGAUGAUGAGGAAAAUAAUGAUAAUAUAAUGAAAAAAAGAGAAGAACUUAGUGAAAAAGAUGAUGAAUUGGAUGGAAGGAAACGGAAAAAUAUUUGGGGCCUAGAUAUAGACAAUGAUUCUAAAACUAAGAAGAUAAAGAAAAAUAAUGAUGAAAAGAAUGACAAAAAGGAAAAAGUGGCAAAUAAGCAAGAUGUUGAUAAGAAAAAUACUACCAAAACUUCCAGUAAAAAAAAUGUAGGUAGUCCGACAAUCCAAAAAGGGAUCAAAUCAAAUGAUGACAGACAAAAUAUAAAACUCAAAAAACCUAAGAUAAUGAAACCUUUUCAUGAAUUGCUGCAAGGAAUUGUAAUUGUAAUUAGUGGAAUUCAAAAUCCUGAUAGGUCCAACAUAAGAACCAUGGCUUUAUCUAUGGGUGCUAAGUAUAAACCAGAUUGGGAUGGAUCUUGUACACACUUAAUAUGUGCUUUUCCUAAUACCCCCAAAUUCAAUCAAGUGAAAGGCAAAGGAAAAAUUGUGAAAAAAUCUUGGAUAGAAACUUGCUAUAAGGAAAGAAAAAAACUUCCUUGGAGGAGGUUUGCUAUGGAUAAAAACGAUUUGGACAAAAAUGAAAGUGAAGAUGAAAUUUUUGAAUUGAUUGAUUUACCUUCAAAUUCCAUUAAAAGAUAUCAAAACGAAGGUUCAGACCAUAAUGAAAAUGCCGAAGGAUCUGACACUGAAGAAAGAAUAGCAAAAAUAUUAGCAAAGAAAAAAGAUGAUACGCCAAUUAAAAAAGUAGUAACGCAAACUGCUGAAAAAAAAAUUGAUUAUAAUGAAGAAUAUUUAAAAGAUCCUAAGGAUAUGAAACUGAAAACAUUAAGCACGGAUGAAAGGAAGCAAAGAAAUAAACAUAAAAAAAUCGUUACUAAAAUAUCUGAUGCUGAAGAAGAAGAUAGUAACACUGAUCUUUCUGAUAUAGAAUCACUUGAUGUAUCUUACUCUCAAAGUGAUAGACGGCUAGCAAGCCCACAAGUAUUAAGUGAUUCUAAAAGUGAAAUUUACGAAGCAGAUACAGAUGUAGAACUUGAGGUUCCCAAUACAUUCCAGAAUAGAAGACUUUUAGAUAUUUUUCGAGGAGAGAAAUUCUAUGUGGACAAAACUUUUGACGAAAAUACUUACAAUGUUCUUCGUAAAUAUAUACUGGCAUAUAAUGGAAAAUGUGUAGAUGAUGUGGAAGAUGACAUUGAUAUUAUUAUUACAAAUGAAGCCAAUAGUGAAAACAUGAAACAAGCUAAUCAAAAAGCUAAAUGUAUUGACCAGAAGUGGAUAUUGAAAACCCAUAGGAAACAUAAAUUGAUACCUAUGAAUAAUUUUGUUUUUUAAUUGAUUGUUAAGUUUUAAUAUUUUAAUACAAAAAUUGACAUCUAAUAAA